AUAAAUUAGUCCAUGUCCAUGGGAAUGGAAGUAGUAGUGUGCCUGGGGAAGAGCAUUUGCAUAGCAUUUACUAAGGCUUCUCGGCAGCAACGGCCAUUCCCACCUUGAGCCCCCCACCUCCCAAAGAAACAUCCCUUUCUCCCUCUCCUCUCCCUCACACUUUCCCUUCCAGAGGCAUAGAGACCAAGCAGAGGCAGCAGGAGAAACAAGAAGAAGAAUGUCCACCAAAUCCCCAAUAUUCCCAAUGCUUGAGCCCCAACACUUCAGCGACUACGGCUUCGACCCACAGAUCGAUUUCUUCCAGGUGCUAGGAGAGGCGAGGAGGCACAAGAGGGAGGCGUCGAGGUCGAUAGACUCCAUCCACUUCAAGCUCCAGAAGCCCAUCUCCAAGGACGACCACCACCACCACCACCACCACUCCCGUCGCCCGCCCCUCAAGAAGCGCAAGUGGUGGCGCAACGCCCUCCUCUUCUUCCGCGUUCGCUGGGCAUCCCGCAGCCGCCGCACCACCUCCGCCGGCCAACAAGAGCCCCUUGACAUCAGCGGGGCCUGCCGGGCGUCGAUCUCCGGCCCCGUGUACCUAUCCGAGAGCAGGAGCGAGGGCACCCCGUACCGGACAGCGAGCAGGCCGUCGUCGGGGACGCUGACCCCGUCGAGGAAGGGCGACGCGGAGAUACCGUACCUGAGCCUGAGGGAGCUCAACAUGGAGGAGCAGCACCUCAACCACAGGGUGUCCACCUCUGCCGCCGUGCCCAUUUACUUGGUGACCUGAACCCGACCGACCAACCCACCCUUUGACCAUCCUCGGAUCAAACAAAUCCUCUGCUAAUCAACGGGGUUAUGUCAUGUCAUGAAGCAUUGCUUAACUAUCUAUCUUCUUUUUUUCUUUUUCUUUUUUAUUGGUGUUUUUCAUGGAAAUAUUUGUGGGGGGCGCUUUUAGUAUCAGCCCCCAGUCCAGUUGUAGUCUCUGUCCAUGACUCCAUGGAGGGAGAGGAAGAGAAGCUCAAAUGGGUCUUUUCCCUCCAUACUAUCAUCCACCAAUGGAUAUUUUGCAGCUUUUGCUUGCUAACUUUGUUGGAGAUGUGAGUGAGUAGUAGUGGGGAUGGGGAUGGACUUUGCUUUGCAGCUCGUGGAACGAUAGUUUGACCGAAGUCAAAAGUUGCUUUUCUUUCAGUCAAGAGCUCCACUUAGCUUUC